AUCCCUUCAGAACUUUCAAAACAAUAACAAAGAAAUUAAAUUUCAAUUUUCGCUUAAUUUUAAAGUUUCUGAGCAUUAUAUAGUAAUCAAAAAUGAGCGACGAGGUCAAGAAGUUCUUCAGUUCAUUGCUGCAAAAAAUCAACGGCCUUAAAGCAAUCAUAAUAUCAGAUCGUGAUGGAGUUCCAAUCCUAAAAUUAUCCUUGGAUGGAAAGUUUCCAGAGCUAGGCACGAAACAGCAGUUCUUAGCGACAUUCACAAUUGCCACAGAUCAAUCGAGUAAAAUGCUACUCGGACAGAACAAAUCAAUCAUAUUGAUGUACAAGUCAACAACUGUUGUUCAGCUAAACAAAUCUCCAUUAAUAAUAACAUUUGUCGGAACAGAGAACUGUAAUACAGGCCAUAUUCUAUCAUUAGACAACGAGAUUGACAAGUACAUUGGAGAAUAUAAAGUUAUUCUAGAUCGAGAUUGAAUGUGAAAAACCUAUUAAACAAUAAAAGAAUCUAUUUAAUUAAGG